AUGAGUAAAAAGAUGUCUACAGAGGGCGUGGUAGAAUAUGUUAGGCGGAACAUCAUAGCGCCAAACUUCGAAGAUGUUGAAGAAGUCGAGAUCUUGUCGACUAUAAGGUACGAUCCAAACCUGACACAUGUGUUUCCCACUGUUUCUCCUAUCGACUGUGAUAUACGGUUUGAUUUCCUGAAGAAUGAGACUGUCAAUCCUGUGUACACAAGUGAUAAUAAGGAUUUGCUUGUGAAAAGUUACAUGCAGAUAGAUGGGCACUCAAAUCUAUACAAUCCGCUACAGGAGCUCAUGCAUCUCUUCGAUAAGCCAGCGGAGCUGGAGACUCCAAGCAUCACGGUAGCUGAACCAGAGCGGAACUUAAGGUCUGUAUUUAAGGACCGAUUUUUCCUGCUGAAAGAGCACCAGCAAAGACUGGAUUUAGCAUUAUCCUAUUUUGAAUGGGAUUUUGAAAUUCCGAGAUCUCUGCUGCUAGAUAAGCUGAUUGAAGCAUUGCCUCUUCCUGAAGGCCAACAUGCAGAUACUUUGGAACAGCGCAUGGAACUGUUGGUCAACUUGAACCAGAAUUAUAAAAUGCGGGUUUUAAUCUCGAAAAGUGGAAACAUGAGAAUAGAGGCACAUCCUCUGCCACCAUCUCCAGUUAUAUCCAGUGAUAUGCAAAAGUAUUUCAUAUGUACACUGCUUUCGGGAUUUCUUGAUGGGACUGACGCGUGGGAUAUUUACGUUGAUACGAAGCCUAUUGUGAUUUCGCCAUUCACCACAUUCAAAACUACCAAACGAGAGCACUAUAACCAAGCUCGUAGCAGGAUGGAAGAACUUGCGGUUGCUGCUGGAACAGCUGGUAAUAAGAAAGAAAUAUUGGUUUACAAUGAGGCAUUCCAGCUUAUGGAAGGUUCAAUUACCAGUGUUGCAAUCAAGCAAUACAUCAAUGACAAAGAAUACCGUUUUGUGACACCUUUCCUUACAUCAGGGUGCUUAUGCGGUGUGAUGAGACACUUUCUGAUACAAAAAGGUUUGAUCCAGGAAUAUGCGAUUGACGUUCGUGACCUGAAGGUCGGAGAUGUUAUUUUGAUAUUUAAUGGAGUUAUGGGCUGUGUAAAGGGGAUCAUUAGACAAACGCCCAAAUUUGAAAAGUAA